UCCGGGGGUGCCUGCCCGGGAGAGGGCGGCAGCGGCUGCACGUGCCGACCGGCCGCGCCCCCGCGAGCACAGAGCCCCAGCACUGCUGCACAAACAGCCCCUCUGCGUGGGGCCUUCAAACGCGCGCGGGAGUGCGCCACGUGCCGCUCGGGCCCGAAGGACGCCCCUCGGCUAGCGCAGGGCCGGGCGCGCCUCGCUCCUUCCCUCCACUCCACUUGCAAACUUUACUUUGGGGGGGGGUAGAGGGGGCACAGCGGUCACUUGCUCCCGCGCUCGUCCCGUUACUCCCCUGGGGCAUCGCCACGGGGACCAGGCCCUUCCCGCCCGGCCCAAGCCGCGGCCGCCCGAGGAUUGGUCGUGACGGCCGCCCCGCCCCGCGCCCGGGGACCCGGGGGAGGCGGAGCGCGGAGGGAGAAGGCGCGAAGGAUCUGCGCUGGCCGGGCCGCGCCCGCCCGGCUGGGAGAGGAGGUACAGGAGGGAAUCCUGUUGGAAAGCAACUGCACCAUGUCUCGGAACAGCAGUGACUCCCAACCCUCUGCUGCUAACCUGUUUGGGAAGAAUGGAGCAUUGGCGGAGCAGAAAUCUCCAGGAUUCAAGAAAGGAGAAGCAGGUGUACGUGGGCAAUCUCCCGCUGGAUAUCUCUGAGGAGGAAAUUCUGUGCCUCCUAAAGGACUUCAACCCUCUCCAUGUGCACAAAAUCCAGAAUGGCUGCAAAUGCUUCGCCUUCGUAGACCUGGGCUCCGCGCAGGACGUGGCACUUGCGAUCCAGGAAUUAAAUGGCAAGCCCUUCCACAAGCGAAAAUUGUUCGUGAAUACAAACAAGAGGCCCCCCAAGAGGAUCUCUGACAUGGCCAAGGGGCCCGAGGAGCUGCCGGGAUCCUCUAGCACUGACCCCAGGAGGCCGGAGUGGAAGCAGGAAGACCCAUCUCAAGUGGUCCAGGUUUCACAGCAGGCUUCUGGGGAAGGAAUUGCCCAAACCGCUGCGUGUGCACAGCUCACCCCCAAGGCUUCUGUUGACCCCUGCAAGACAGAGAAGCCGAGUGCAGCCUCCUUUGCAGUUCCCAUGGAAAUGAGAGGCUCCUUCCUGGUGCUGCUGCUGCGGGAAUGCUUCCAAGACCUGAGCUGGCUGGCCCUCAUGCACAGCAUCCACGGGGAGGUGGGACUGCUGGUGACCAGCAUCGUCCCGCAGACCCCGUUUUUCUGGGCCAUGCACAUCACUGAGGUACAGAUGUGGGGCACAGCGCAGGCGGUGAGGCCGUGGCGUCUGUGCAACCCACAGACUCUGCACCAGAACAUGCAGGCGCUGUUCAGCUCCCUGGCAGAGGCGGAGGAGCAGCAGCCUUACCUGGACGAGUCCGCUGUGCAGCGCGGCGCCCGCUGUCUGGCAGAGUACCACCUGGGCGCGUACGGCCGCGCCUGGAACAGGUGCUGGGUGCUGGACAGAGUGAACACCUGGGCUGUGGUCAUGUUCAUUGAUUUUGGCCAGUCGGCCACCAUUCCUGUGCAGUCUCUGCGCAGCCUGGACAGCGACGACUUCUGGACCAUACCACCCCUGACUCAGCCGUUCAUGCUAGAGAAAGACAUUUUGAGUUCAUGUGAGGUUGUCCACCAAAUCCUCAAAGGGAAAAUCACUGGUGCUCUGACCUUGGAGCCGCACAUCCUGAAGUUUGAGUUGUUUCAGUAACGGGGCUACCCUCACAUGUUCCUUCUCCUCGGAUCAGGAGUCCACCUGCCCUGCCCUCUCGUUCCCCUGCACUCCUGAGGCCUUGGAAGUGAAAAGGGCCAGACUGUGCCCAGGAUUGAUUUGAUUUCUGUUUUGCCUUUACCCCCAGCUCACCUCUCAAAAAAGAGAGCAGAGUCACGUGUCUUCAGUUCCCCAGCUUGGCAUGAACAUUGGAACCAAACAUAGGAAGCUACCAGUAGGUUGAAAGUCUGAGGCAGCCGAUAUGUUCUUCCUGUGUCUCUUCUUUGCACCCCAGAGCAAUGAUAUGAGCUGUCCUAACAGAUUGUGGAGAAUGGAAAGGCCCCAGACUAGUUUUCCUGGCUUCUGUGUAGAAUCAGGUAGACAGCAUUUAACCAAUGAGCCAUCACCUUGGCAAAUAAAUGUUGGCAUGUUCCACAAGUUGGGUGACUGCUUCUUUCUAGC